AUGGCUGUUGAUUUUGACCGUAUCUUCCACGAUACAAACCUCACUGAUGGGGUUGGUGGGCCCAAGAUAUAUGCUUUUGAUUCCACCUUAAUUCCAAAACGUAUUCUUGAUAAUUGGAUAGAAGACGACAGUGAUGAAGAAACAAACGCUUUACUGUCCCAACUGAUGGCCUACAUACCUAAAGAUUGUGCUUUUUCUCUUCUGGUGUUUAGUGCUGGACUGCAUCAAUCAUACAAUGAUUUGAUAGAGAUGGAAUACGAAAGUCAUGUGAGUGAUAAAUUCAAGCAGUACAAAAGCAAACUAAGUUUAAUACUACCCGUCAGGCUUUUCAAAUUGUUCAAACUAGUCCCAGAAGCUAAGAAGAACAGGCUAAAAAGAGUCUAUAUUAUUCAUGAAACAUGGCUGACCAAGAAUAUUUUUGAUAUUUGGAAGACUGACAUAGAGUUUGUCCACAUUGGGAACCUCAGUCAAUUGGCUCAAUAUAAUCUAGAUAUCUCUAAAAUGGUUAUAUCUUUGCCUAAUUACAUCAUUGACAGACAUAUAACGGAGUCAUCAAAAAUUAAUGUUUUGAACAAAUCUGAAAGCAUUGGCUUUGGUGCUCCAUUGAUUGCCGAUGAAAACGACGCCCUUGGAUAUUUCUCCAGAAUUUACAAUAACAUGAUAGCAUUUUUAACCAACCCAGAACUUAGCAUGCCUCUCACCAAUAGGGACUGGGCACAGAUUGUUAACCCAGAGGGACUCUUGCCGAAAACAUUCGUGAACAUUGAGGUUUUAUACAAUGCGAUCUGUCGAAAUCAGUGUCUUGAUCUCAGAGAUUGGUCGUUUGCUGAACAUUAUUUAAUGCUUAGCAAUUUCAUUAUUCAAUUAUCCAAUAACAGUCAUCCACUGAUACCUGUUAGUGUUCUAUUGGAGUAUCCUUCAUUCCAUACCCUCGAAGAACUGAAUAGUGUUUUGCAUAAGGUCCUCAUUUAUAAACACGAAAGCCCCAUAUCUGGGACCCAAUAUAAUAACAAGUAUUUGCUGAUAAAGGUGCUCAAUUUGUUGCAUUACUUGACACUCAAGCUUGAUCAGGAUUUUAAUCAUGUCAGAAUUUCAUUAUUCAAAAGGACCCGACUUAGAUUAUUCCUUUCCUUUACUAAGGUGUUCUACAACGAAAUGGGAUGUGAAACUGAGAAUGACGUCGAUCAAGCCUUUGAUAACAUGUUUAAAUUCAUUAGUAAUCUUUUACAAAACUGGGAUCAUAUUCUCAUCAAUAUAAAUGGAAAGUUGAGAGUCCCAUUUGUUCAGAUAACCAAGUUAAUUGAUAUCCAAGAAAUGAAAGAAUUCAAUACAUAUAUGAAUCAACAGCUUGUGAUUCCAGAAGAAAGUAGUCCGAUAUUAAACAAGUUCAGUACAAAGCUAUCUAAUCCGAAACUUCGAAAAGCUUCUCCUUCUUCAUUACCAUCGUUUCAUAGAAAUGAACAAGAAAGUAUUGUUGACUUGGCAUUGCCUUUGCAAGAUUCAUGGAUUGAUUCCGAACAAACCUCAGUACCAGUGUGUGACUUUCCUGAGCCCAGCAAAAAUACUAUUUCUUCAGACAAGUUUCCUCAGUAUUCAAUUGAGAAACUCAAUGACUUGGAACUUGAACCCAUUGCAUUAAGACCAGAAGUGAAAGUAGUGGAGAAAAACAAGAAUAUUACCCCUAUCAAACCAUCAAAACUCAAAUAUCCAGCGAAGAUCAGGCAAACUGAUAAAGAUGCCAAAGUUUUGCGACAAAUAGAACUAGACAAUAAUUCAAAGUUGCUUGCUAUAACUACUGGUAAGAAACUAAGAGGAGAGAGAGUUUCUAAGCUUACUGGAAUCUAUGAAAGAAAAUAUUUGGAAUUCAUGGGAUAUCAAAAUAAUGAGGAAUGA